AUGCCCUGGCGUCACCCCAGCUCCUGGGCCCAGCAGGUGGCGCCCGAGAGGCUCCCCGGCGGAGAUGAUCGCAAACCCAGGGACCCCUUGCCGCCUAGGCUGCUGCUGCCCGAGCUCCGAGCAGCCUCUGGCACCGGGGUCUCCGGGGGCUCGAGGGCGUCGGAGGGCGGCGCCGAGUGGUGGCGGGUCCCCGCGUGUGAGCCCUCGCACUCAGAUCCCGCGGUGGGCAUCAGGCGCCCCCGGUCGCGCCUGCCCGUCCUGCCCACCGUGGCCCAACGGGCGGCGCGGAACCGGACAGGGCUGAGGUCGCUGCUGCUGCCGCCCCUGCUCUUGGCCGGCGAGCCCCGGGAACCCGCGCCCCCGGGCUCCGGGCCUGGACCGUGCGAGAAGCCCCGCAGGGGCUCGGCUAGGGAGACUCCCGAUUCCUUGGGCGCCCUCCUAGGAGAGUUCCUCCCGGGCAGGUUCCGGCAGUUCCUGCGCAAGUUGGGGGCUGAGUCUGCAGAGCAGCGGAGGCCACGGACAUCUUCAGCAUCGCAACAUCAAAGGGGUGUGUCAGAGCACUGCAUAAGUCCUCCUCAGUGCCCCAGCUACUCCUUCCUCCCAGACCUGGGGGGCCAGUCAUCGUACUUCAAGAAUAGUCUUAAGAAGAUUUUGCUCCAUCAGAUACCUGCCCUGGGGCCCUUCAGGAGAGAUCACUCACAAUUCAGUACAGUCAAGAAGGCCAAUCACAGACCCCACACUACACAGGCCCCCAGGCUCAAGGCCGUGCUCACCCACAGCUCCUUGGGUGAAGGCACAGGACAUCGCAGGCAGUGUUGCCCUUUCCGAGUGCGGUUCGCGGACGAGACGCUCCAGGACACAGCGCUCCGCUACUGGGAACGCAGCUGUGCAGUCCGGCAGGGCAUCUUCCAGAACAGGACAGCCAACCGGUCAGCAGCAUUGGAGCGGGUGUUUGGGAGCGUUGGGAGAUGGCUGGAGAGUUUGCCCAAAGCCCUGUACCCCAGGGCCAAGGAGGAGACCAUGGCCAACUCAUUCAGCUGGGACUUCCCUGGCCUGUCCACCCUGGAACCGAAAGGCCACCUCUCUGAGGACACCUCCGUGAACAGCAGCCUGCCCUUCAUCCCCAGGCCCACCACCCAGAGGCACCGGGGGGACCUCAAAAGCUUUCUGGAGCAGGUGGGCAAAUCGCCCUGUUCCUGGAGCCAGAAGAUGGAGUCCUUCCUGCCCAGCUUGGUGUUGCACACAGUCCUGAAACGAGGCUGCCCCAAGGGGUACCAGCUCCUCCUGCCUUCAACGCCGCGUCACGCUCAGAGGUGAAUGGUUGCUGAUGCCCAAGCCCAGGCGUGGACAUGAGUGAGGGGUGAGGAGAGGCCUUCCCUGACCCACAAAUAAACGCACAUCCCAGGUGGCUGUUUCCUGCUGC